UCCGCGGCUCCGCGGGCGGGCGCCGGGCGAGCAGGGAGGACAGCCGAGCCGAGCGUAGCCCGCCGUGCCCGCCGUGCCCGCCGUGGCCGCCGCAGCGCAGCCUCCCGCCCAUAGGUGCCUCUUUUCUCAGUAGAUCUGAAUUUAAUGAGAACAAAUAGCUGAAGCUCGCCAUGAAUCUGAUUCCUUGAACUUCUUCAGACUGAUCUGAAGAAGUGAGGGUUGUACGGUCCAGGCCUCAAUGAGGAGCCCGAACAUGGAGACGUUCAAGCAGCAGAAGGUGGAGGAUUUUUAUGACAUCGGAGAGGAGCUGGGGAGUGGCCAGUUUGCCAUUGUAAAGAAGUGCCAGGAGAAGAGCACGGGGCUCGAGUAUGCAGCCAAGUUCAUCAAGAAACGGCAGAACCGGGCCAGCCGGCGGGGCGUGUGCCGGGAGGAGAUCGAGCGGGAGAGUGCCUGGAGGAGAGCUCUUCGACUUCCUGGCCCAGAAGGAGUCGCUGAGUGAGGAGGAGGCCACCAGCUUCAUUAAGCAGAUCCUGGACGGGGUGAACUACCUUCACACGAAGAAAAUUGCUCACUUUGAUCUCAAGCCAGAAAACAUUAUGUUGUUAGACAAGAAUAUUCCCAUUCCACACAUUAAGCUGAUUGACUUUGGCCUGGCUCACGAAAUAGAAGAUGGAGUUGAAUUUAAGAACAUUUUUGGGACGCCGGAAUUUGUUGCUCCAGAGAUUGUGAACUAUGAGCCCCUGGGGCUGGAGGCUGACAUGUGGAGCAUAGGCGUCAUCACCUACAUCCUCCUAAGUGGAGCAUCCCCUUUCCUGGGAGACACAAAGCAGGAAACGCUGACAAAUAUCACAGCAGUGAGUUAUGACUUUGAUGAGGAAUUCUUCAGCCAGACUAGCGAGCUGGCCAAGGACUUCAUUCGGAAGCUUCUGGUUAAAGAGACCCGGAAACGGCUCACAAUUCAAGAGGCUCUCAGACACCCCUGGAUCACGUCAAAAGAAGUCAGAACCUCUGAACAGCAGAAGACAGAGCCAACCCAGCUGAAGACCAAGCACCUGAGAGAGUACACCCUCAAAUGCCACUCAAGCAUGCCCCCCAACAACACCUAUAUUAACUUCGAGCGUUUUGCCCAUGUGGUAGAGGACAUGGCUCAGGUGGAGCAGGGAUGCCGUGCCCUCGUAGGGGCCCAUGAUACCAUCCAGGAUGACGUGGAGGCCCUGGUCUCCAUCUACAAUGAGAAGGAGGCUUGGUACCGAGAGGAGAGUGAGGGUGCCCGGCACGACCUGUCCCAGCUCAAGUACGAGUUCCGCAAGGUGAAGUCCUUGAAGAAGCUCUUGCGAGAAGACAUCCGGACCACAGGGUCCAGCCUCGGAAGCGUGGCCAGGAAGUUGGACCAUCUGCAGGCGCAGUUUGAGGCUCUGAGGCAGGAGCUCUCGGCAGACCUACAGUGGAUCCAGGAACUGGUGGGCAGCUUCCAGCUGGAGAGCGGAAGCACAGAUGGUCUGGGCUCCAUGUUCCACCGGGACACCAGUGAAUCCCUGUCAGAGCUGCUCAACAGAUCGUGCACCAAGGAAGUCCUGGCUGGCUUGAAGCUCUGAGUGCCAGAAUCCAGUCAGUAACACAUCCUGGAUGAUGUGCAGAAGCACGUUCUCAUCCGUCCUGCCGCCACAUCCAGCUAGGAUUACCCUGCAGGGGCGUGUGUCUGUAGCAUAGCCCCCCACCCCCUCCACAGAAGCCAGAAUUGCUGAGGUGCUAUAAUUAUUCAUUCUGCACCUCCCCCACCAACCUGGUUUUCUAGGAGGGAGCUGGCAGGGCAACCAUGCUGUUAAAACAAUUAGAGAAUGAAUACCCCUCUGCAUCCUCCAGAGGGAAGACGGCUGGCCCAGGGGAGAUGUGUGAUAAUUGCUUUGUGAUGAUGGAUUUGUUCACGUCUCACUUCCCGCCUACAUGCCUUAUGGAUUGCUGUUAAUUAGGGGUAACUAAGUCAGCAUGGUGCUUUCCUGCUACAGAAGCAGGGAUUUAAAAUGCACAGAGAAAAUAUUAUCAUCUUUCAUUUGUAUUGACUUUUCACUUAUCAAGCACUUACGUUUAUGACCUCACUUGGUCACUUAAAGAACUCUCUGAGACCGGAAGAUGGGUGGUAGUGGUAUUAUUAUCAUUAUUAUUAUUAUUUCAAUUUAACUGAUGAGAGAAUUGACUCAGAGAAGGAAAAUGACUUAGGGUUAUUCAUAUCCAGUGGUACAUAUGAAACAGAAACCCAGGAUGCCAGUCUCUAAGAUGAGGUACAUGGGAGGACGUCGUGAGGCUCUGCUGUAAAUAUCCACCUUAAUAUUAAAGUUCAGAUCCCAGAGGCAAAGUAAGCAACUUCUUGUAUUCUGCCAGGUGUAGGUAGAAUGCAUACACCUACAGAUGAUUGUCCCAGGAACUGCAUCCCAGAAGGCAUAGUCACUGUUCCUACCCAGCCCUGUCCUUGUCUAAGACCAGCCUGCAGAGCAGGAGGGAAGGGGCAGCAUCUCCCCUUUCUCCAUCCACCCUUUCCCCUGUUCUGGCUAAGCGCCCCAGCUUUGUGUUGAGAAUGAAGACCAAAAGAUACUCAACAAAGAGUUUCCUUUUUCUUAUGUACCUAGGCCAAUGGGCCCUGAAGGUCUAAGAAAUUCCAUGAAGGUUUUUGAAGAGGAUGGACAUAAGGAUUGGGAAGCACAAGGUUCAGUGGUUCUUUCAUGACUCAAAGUUUUGAGCACCCUUCCCCAGGGAUUAUAUGAUCUCAUCUCCCAACAUGUAUAGACAGAGCAUGGAAGUGGGCCCAGCAAUGUGCUAGAAGCUUGGAGUAGUAGAACCAGAUUGUGUAGUUUCCAAGUGCCUUCACGGCCUCACAAAAUGUCCCUGUCAGAUAGGCAGAAUAAAGAUUAGUUCCAAUUUAGAGAUGAGGAAACAGAGAAAAGAUGUAUUUGCCCAAGGUCACAUCAUUAGUGGCAGAAGUGGAGACCUUCUGAUGACAAGUCUGUUGCUUUUUCUGUUGCUUCUAACUGCCCUAGGCUGUAGGAGUUUAUUCUCUCUGCUUGUGGAGGCAGGUUAUGCCUAGGUUCAUUCAUCCACCACAAGUAGUUAUUGUGCACCUACCAACUUCCAGACUCAGCUUGACUCGGGGGAUACAACGUUGAUCAAAAACAGACCUGUUUCCUGCCUUCAUGGAGUCCUCAGUCCAGUGAAGGAUUCAAACGUUAGUAAAGACACACAAAUGUGGAACUGCAGCUGGGACAGAUGCUAUGAAACAGAAGCAUGCAGUGCUGCGAGCGCCUACAGUGGGGUUUGCGCUAGUCAGGGGAGAUGCCCUAAAGCGGUGAUGCUGGAGGUGAGAUUAGCUGAAAGAAGUGUUCCCAACAGAGCAUUGUGCCAGGGCUCUGUGAUGAGAGGGGCCAUGGAAAGCUGAAAAUAUGAGGGCAGAAAGAAAGCUGAACAGGAGAGAAUAGGAAUAUGAUGUAGACAUAGCUGGAGAGGAGGCAAGACCAGCAGGGCUUUGGCUGUGUUAAAGAACUCUGCCUUUAUCCCAAGAGUCAGAGGAAGCCACUGGUGGUCCUGGGCUAGUCAACAGUCCCUGGUGCUGGAGGGGAAUUGUUCAGAGUGGCACAGAUAGGAAGUAGUUUAGGACAAGACAUGAAAUUUGAAUCACAUUAAACCAUUUCUUCAAGUCCUAUCUUUUUUUUCUAUUAGCAUACUGGAUCAUUUCAAAUGUCAUAUAUAAUAUUUGUAACAGUAACUUUUUUCAUCAGAUAUAAGAAACUAUAAAGAUGCAUCAUUAUUUUUCACACCAGUAAGACUAAAAACAAAAGCGCAAGAUAAGGAACCAAAUAGGAGACACUACACGUGAAGCUGUGACACCCUUGGUGAGAGGGUAAAUGAGAAAUAAAGCCACCAUGCAGGAAGGGAGAGCAAGGAAAUAUGUAUCUCAACCUUGACACUAGGUGGGGAUGAAAAAUCCUCCCAUGAGGAUAGGAGCCCCAGGCCAGUGGUACUCAUGCAGGUUUGCUUUCUGAAUUUGCACAAUCAGUGUGAUCCAAAAGAACCACAAGCGGAGAAUGUAAUGUCCAACAGUCUGAGGGUGGGUGGCCCUAGAUGGCUGGCAGAAGCAGUGCAGUCCUCUCCUGGAGCAACUGCCUUCACUCCAGGCCUACAGUAAUGAUUUGACACCAUUGAUUGGGAGAUGCCUCCUGAUUAUAGACAUCCGAAAAUGUGCAUCUUGGAAUCAACAAAAGAUGGCAAAAGCCCUGUUUCCUAUGCCCUUCCAGAGAGAAUUGGUAUAAAUGCCCUGUCUACAACCUUUCCGAGGACUUACCUGCCCUGUCAUGGGUCACUGCAUACUUGUUUGGCAUAAGACACUGCAAAUACAAAAGGUCCCUUUGACCAUGUCAGCUGGACCUUGACCUUCAUGCAACCAGGUUUCCUAAGGAGAAGAAGCCACUGAUUGAGCAAUGCAUGGCAAACUUUCAAGCAGUGGUCAAAAUAAAAUGCAAUGAAAUAGCAAAA